AUGAAUUGUUUUUUUCUGCCUAUACACAACCUGGUAACUGUAUAUCUCUCUUGUCUUCUAGUGGCUUUUCAUGGUGUCCCAGUAAAAAUCAAGAAAGAACCGCACAGUCCCUGCUCUGAACUGAACACCGCCUGCAGCCAGGAACAGCCUUUCAAGUUCAGCUAUGGCGAAAAGUGCCUGUACAAUGUCAGUGCCUAUGAUCAGAAACCACAAGUUGGAAUGAGGCCCUCUAACCCGCCAACUCCUUCCAGCACACCAGUGUCUCCAUUACACCAUGCGUCACCCAACACAGCUCAGAACCCAAAACCAGACCGUCUCUUCCCCCCACACCUUCCUCCAUCUCAGCCCCUCCCAGACUCCAACUACACCAUGGAUCACAGGUUUCGCAGACAGCUGUCUGAACCAUGCAAUUCUUUUCCACCGCUCCCUGCACUGCCUCAAGAUGGCAGACCCGUUUACCAACGCCAGAUGUCGGAGCCAAGUAUCCAGUUCCCACCUCAAGGAUUUAAACAAGAAUACCACGAUCCAGUGUAUGAACAUGGCGCUAUGGUGGGGAGUGCCCCCAGCCAGACCUUUCCUCCGCCUCUCAUGAUUAAGCAGGAGCCAAGAGAUUUUGCUUAUGACUCAGAAGUGCCUAGCUGCCAUUCCAUUUACAUGAGGCAAGAAGCUUUUCUGGCUCAUCCCAAUGGCACAGAAGGUUGCAUAUAUGAAAAAGGUCCUCGACAAUUCUAUGAUGACACCUGUGUGGUCCCUGAAAAAUUUGAAGGCGACAUUAAACAGGAGCCAGGUUUGUACCGCGAAGGACCCACUUAUCAGAGGAGAGGGUCCCUUCAGCUGUGGCAGUUCUUAGUCGCACUUCUAGAUGACCCAGCCAAUUCCCAUUUCAUUGCCUGGACAGGCCGAGGCAUGGAGUUCAAGCUAAUUGAGCCAGAGGAGGUGGCACGACGAUGGGGCAUUCAAAAAAACAGGCCAGCUAUGAACUAUGAUAAGCUCAGCCGUUCACUGAGAUACUACUAUGAGAAGGGAAUUAUGCAGAAGGUUGCCGGAGAAAGAUAUGUGUACAAAUUUGUAUGCGACCCAGAAGCCCUUUUCUCCAUGGCCUUCCCAGACAAUCAGCGACCAUUAUUGAAAACGGACAUGGAGAGGCACGUCAACGAGGAAGACACUGUACCGCUGUCACACUUUGACGAGAACAUCCCCUACAUGCAAGAUGGUGGUUACUGUAACACUCACCCAUACAAUGAAGGAUACGUUUACUAG